UCUAACAAAAAAAAAAAGCAAAAUCCCAUCCAAAAGCCUUAUCCCCUCAUUCUCUCUCUUUUCCCCCAAUGCACUUUCACUUCUUCUGACUAUAAUUUUUGCAAAUUUCACCUCCAAUGGCUGGCCUUUCCAUACACCUGCCUUUCAAUUCCAAAUUCAAUCUCCCAAUUCCGUACACCUCAAUUUCUCGGUCCAUAGGCGGUGUUAAGGCGUCCGUUUCAUCCCAGCCGCGGAGAACCAGAAGGAAAAAAAAGCAACAACAUCAGCUGAAGACGGUGGACGAUGACGGUUCUAUGGCUUCUGGAACGGAAAAAGUGCUAAGGCUUGUUUUCAUGGAGGAAUUGAUGGAGCGAGCUCGAAAUGCUGAUUCUACAGGUGUAUCUCAAGUCAUUUAUGAUAUGAUUGCUGCGGGUCUCUCCCCUGGACCUCGUUCUUUCCAUGGAUUGGUUGUCUCUCAUGUCCUUCACCGUGACAAUGAUGGCGCUAUGCAUGCUCUUAGAAGGGAGUUGAGUGAAGGUCUUCGGCCUCUACACGAAACAUUUUUGGCAUUGGUUCGUUUGUUUGGUGCCAAUGGCCUUGCUACGAGAGGCUUAGAAAUUCUUGCAGCAAUGGAGAAAUUGAAAUACGACAUUCGCCAAGCUUGGCUAGUUCUUGUAGAGGAGCUUGUACGGAGUAAUCAUCUAGAAGAUGCCAACAAAGUGUUUCUCAAGGGUGCUGAGGGUGGACUUAGAGCAACUGAUGAGAUCUAUGAUCUCCUUAUAGAAGAAGAUUGUAAAGUAGGAGAUCACUCAAAUGCGUUAACUAUUGCCUAUGAAAUGGAGGCUGCUGGCAGAAUGGCGACUACCUUCCAUUUCAAUUGUCUUUUGAGCGUGCAGGCUACCUGUGGGAUACCUGAAAUUGCUUUUGCGACAUUUGAGAACAUGGAAUAUGGUGAAGAUCAUAUGAAACCUGAUACAGAGACAUAUAAUUGGGUUAUCCAAGCAUAUACAAGGGCUGAGUCCUAUGAUAGAGUUCAGGAUGUUGCUGAGCUACUAGGGAUGAUGGUUGAGGACCACAAACGUUUGCAACCUAACGUGAGAACCUAUGCUUUGUUGGUUGAAUGCUUUACCAAGUAUUGUGUGGUACGUGAAGCUAUCAGACAUUUCCGUGGUCUAAAGAACUUUGAAGGUGGAACACAAGUGCUUUAUAAUGAUGGAAAGUACGGGGACCCACUUUCAUUGUAUCUUCGUGCUCUAUGUAGAGAAGGGAGGAUUGUUGAGUUGUUAGAAGCACUUGAAGCUAUGGCUAAAGAUAACCAGCCAAUCCCACCAAGAGCAAUGAUCUUGAGCAGAAAAUAUCGUACAUUAGUUAGCUCAUGGAUUGAACCUUUGCAGGAAGAAGCUGAACUUGGAUAUGAGAUUGAUUACAUAGCCAGGUAUGUUGCUGAAGGUGGACUCACAGGUGACCGCAAACGAUGGGUCCCAAGAAGGGGAAAAACUCCUUUAGAUCCUGAUGCCCAAGGGUUUAUAUAUUCCAAUCCUAGGGAAACCUCUUUUAAACAAAGAUGUUUCGAAGAGUGGAGGUUGCACCACAGGAAGCUUUUGAAAACCUUACUCAAUGAAGGACCUUCAAUUCUGGGGAAAAUAUCCGAGUCUGAUUACAUACGUAUUGAGGAGAGACUGAGGAAAGUCAUCAAAGGACCUGAACAGAAUGCCUUGAAACCAAAAGCUGCUAGUAAAAUGAUUGUAUCAGAAUUAAAGGAAGAACUAGAAGCACAAGGUCUACCAACAGAUGGAACCAGAAAUGUACUCUACCAACGAGUGCAGAAAGCAAGGAGAAUAAAUCGUUCUAGAGGCAGGCCACUUUGGGUUCCUCCAGUUGAGGAGGAAGAGGAAGAGGUCGAUGAAGAGCUGGAUGAGUUGAUUUCACGUAUAAAGUUGCAUGAAGGAAAUACAGAAUUCUGGAAACGCCGCUUUCUUGGGGAGGGAUUAAGUGAAAAUUAUGGCCAGCAGUCGGAAAUAAUAGACUUAGAAACUACUGAUGUGGUAGAUGAUACUGAUGCUGUUGAUGAUAUUGCAAAAGAGGGUGAAGAUGAUGAGGCAGAAGAUGAGGAGGAAGAAGUGGAGCAAACUGAAAGCCAACCGGAAGUAGGUGACAGGAAGGACAAGGAAGUUGAAGCUGCGAAACCUCUUCAAAUGAUUGGAGUGCAACUGCUAAAAGAUUCUGAUCUAACAGCUAGCUCUUCAAGAAAUUCCAGGAGAAGGCUUUCUAGAGUAGCUGCAGUGGAUGAUGACGAUGAUGACUGGUUUCCACUGGACAUUCAUGAAGCAUUUGUGGAGCUGAGGAAACGGAAAGUAUUUGAUGUAUCAGAUAUGUAUACAAUCACUGAUGCUUGGGGUUGGACAUGGGAAAAAGAAAUCAAGAACAAAGUUCCUCCAAGAUGGUCACAGGAGUGGGAAGUUGAAUUGGGGAUCAAAGUGAUGACAAAAGUAAUAGAAUUGGGUGGGACACCAACAAUUGGGGAUUGUGCUAUGAUACUGCGUGCCGCAGUACGAGCUCCUAUGCCUUCUGCUUUCUUGAAAAUUUUGCAGACAACGCAUAGUCUUGGUUAUGUAUUUGGAAGCCCUUUGUAUGACGAAAUCAUCAUAUUAUGCCUUGAUCUUGGGGAGCUUGAUGCUGCAAUUGCCUUAGUGGCAGAUUUAGAGACUAGCGGAAUCAAGGUCCCAGAUGAAACCCUUGAUAGAGUAAUUUCUGCCAGGCAGAGUAGUGAUGCUCCUGUUAAUGGUUCGCAAUAGGAUCUGCAUAUUGCAAUUUUACUUGUAGGUUAAGAGGAAUUUAGAAUAGCAUACGAUAAAUGUUGUAGCAUAUAGAGUCUAAAACAAACAAGUGCAGAAUGGAGAGUUAGUUGUAAGAAGAGAUAGAUCUGGUUUAUUCCUGAGUGUUGCUUCCAACCUCUUGUCAUUGGUGUUUUAAAGAUCAGCAGGUUUACCUGGAGGUGUAAAGAGAUGAAAUUCACAUACUUGGUACUUGAGUAGAAGUUGUUAAUAUGUAAACAACUGUGUUUGUUUUGCUGGUUCAUUGUCAGCAGUUGGAGAGAAUUUGAUUUGCUUGGUUCAUUGCGAAAACAC